CGGAAUUUGAAGCAGUGUUUAUUUUUCCCGUGUAGCAGAAAACUAGAACCAUUCUGAACGAACCUUUGCUACUUAAUGGAAACUAGACAUGUCGAACUAUAGUGCUCCAAGCUUUACCAUCUGGAGAAGAAAGAACUUGAAGUAUAUGUAACGCCGAGAUGUCUGGCAAAGUUGAGAAAAUACUUGUGAGUGGAGAUGUUGAAGGAAAUUUUGACCAGCUUUUCAAACGGGUGAGCAGUGUGAACAAGAAGAGUGGACCCUUUUCAAUGCUCCUGUGCGUGGGCAACUUUUUUGGUCAGGACAACUCACAGUGGCUUCCAUACAAGAGAGGAGAUUCAAAAGUUCCAGUGCCUACCUACAUCCUUGGACCUUCCAGUGCAGAUCUAGCCUCUAAUUAUCCAGAUUUGAAGGGCUGUGAGCUGUGUGAGAAUGUCAUAUAUUUGGGUCCAAGUGGUAUAUACCCAAGUAGCACCGGCCUUAAGAUGAUGUACUUGAGUGGAAUGGAGGCGGCUGGUUCUGUAAAGGAUGCCUCAACCUUCACUUUCGAUGCCAUCUCUUCCUUGGAGACCCAAGCAACCAACAAGCCAGCCAUAGACAUCCUUAUCACAUCACAGUGGCCAUCUGCAGUCUGCAACUAUGCCAAAAAGCCUGACGGUUGUGACCCAGAAUCUUCAGGUUCAUCAAUGAUUUCAAGAUUAGCUUUCAAAGUUCGUCCACGUUAUCAUUUUGCCGGCACUGUAGGAGCUUACUAUGAGCGCUUGCCAUACAGGAAUCAUAAAGUGCUUCAUGAGGGAGCACGACCUGUGACCCGCUUCAUAGGCUUGGCCAAGUUGGGGAACCCUGGGAAGCAGAAAUGGCUGUAUGCUUUCAACAUCACCCCAAUGAAAGCCUGUGAGCCAACAGAACUUGUCAGACAACCUUCUGAUGCCACGGAGUGCCCAUACACAGACUCUAAUGUUGCCCGCCCACCAAAACAGGGUAGUGGAAAAAGUGGUGGAGGAACUCAGUUCUUCUAUGAUAUGAAUGCCAAGACAGGCGAUGACAGAGGACAGAAGAGAAAGGGAGGAGGAGACGGAGGAGAGAGGAAACGUUUGCCUCCAAAACCAACUGGACCUUGUUGGUUCUGCUUAGCCAGUCCUGAAGUGGAGAAGCAUCUAGUGGUGAGUGUGGGCAACCAUGCCUACCUAGCACUAGCAAAGGGUGGCCUUGUGUCUGAACACCUGUUGAUUCUGCCCAUCACACAUUUCCAAAGCACACCAGACCUCGAUGAUGACUGCAGGCAAGAAAUAGAGAAAUACAAGGUCGCCCUGAAGGCAAUGUUCAAGAAGAAGGAGAAGAGAACCGUCUUCUUCGAGAGGAACUACCGCUCCCAGCACCUCCAGGUCCAGGUGGUGCCAGUUCCUGCCGAGGCUGCGCUGCACCUCAUGGAGAUGUUCACAGACAUGGCAGAGAGUAAUACCAUUGAGCUGGAUGAAAUUCCAAAACUUUCGGAUAUAUCUCAAAUUGCUCCUCCUGGGACACCGUACUUCUACGCCGAGUUGCCCACGGGAGAAAAACUUUACCACAGAGUCAAGAAAAAUUUUCCUCUUCAGUUUGGAAGGGAGGUACUCGCAAGUCCACCCAUUCUCAAUGUAACUGAGCGCAUUGACUGGCGGGAGUGUAAAAGCUCCAAAGAAGAGGAAACGAGGCUUCGUGAUAGGAUCAGAGAAGAUUUCCGUCCCUAUGAUUUUACCCUUGAAGACGAUGAUGAUGAUUAGUUGGUCAGUUGACCAUUUCAUCAUGUGCAAUUGUAAGAGAGUAUAUUUUCUGUAACUAUGCUUUCAAAGGCAUCCAUGAUUUAUCCUUCAAGACAUGAAAAUUAAGAAUUCAUGUUUCUGCAAUCCAUGCAGGAUAUGAGAGACGAUUUAAAAGGAUAUAACUCCUACAGUACAAGAGGUACAACUUUAGUAUCUAAGUUUAUUCCCUUGUGGCUAAUUUUGUUCUGAACAUUCGUGAGAACGAUUUCUUGGUAUUUUUAACUCCCCACCCUGUCCUUAUGCAUAACAAGAUCACUUGAUCAUGCAUUCACUUGUUUCUGAUUAAUAACAAGAAAACCUUUUGAUAUCUACAUGAAAGCAAUGUAAUUUUUAACAAAUAAACAAACCAGUUGUA